AUGCGCGCUUCGUCGUUGCUGCUCGUCGCCGUCUCGACUCUGCUGGCUCCGACGGCGUCUGCAGUGCCCUCGCAUCCACAACCGCCCCCACCAUCUCAGCAACCAUCGCAUCGCCCGAUAUGGCGCUCCGUCACCGACGCCAUAGUUCGCAACAUCUGGAGCCCGCCGAUAGACUCCAGACCUGAGCCCGCCGUCAAUCCUAUACCACACCACAAGCACAGUGACGACGUCGUUGUCCGGUUCAACAUCAGCAAUGCUCAGGAUGCCUCAAGUCUCGCCGAUGCUGCCGACACUCUCUUCCUCGACCUGUGGGAGUUCACCGACGAUUGGGUCGACAUCAGAAUGCAGAAAGACUUGAUUCCUUCGUUGCUCGGCCUGCUGCCUCCUCCGCUACACCAAGCACAUAACUUGCUCAUGGACGAAUUCACUCUUCAAAAUGCCAUCUCAGAUACAUAUCCUUCCUCUCGCUCAACGCGUAUGCUCCAGUCCAAUGCUCCCACCCACCAUGAUGCUUUUGGUCCCAGGCUUGGUGCAUCCUCGUCUGAUAACAUCUUCUUCAACGACUACCAACCGCUGUCUGUCAUCCAGCCCUGGAUGCGCCUAAUGGCCUCCCUGUUCACCACCCACGUGCGUGUAAUCAACGUCGGCACAACCUUUGAAGACCGCAAUAUUCCUGCCCUGCGUAUCGGCGUUCACCCGACUAAUGAUGAUUCUCCCACACGUCGCAAGACUAUCUUGAUCACCGCUGGUCUGCACGCUAGAGAGUGGAUCUCAACCAGCACCGUUAAUUACAUUGCCUACUCGCUCAUCACAGGCUACGGAAAGAACCACGUCAUCACCAGUCUUUUAGAAGAGUUCGACUGGGUUCUUGUGCCCACUGUGAAUCCAGACGGUUACGCCUACACCUGGGAAACCGAUCGUUUAUGGCGCAAGAAUCGUCAACAGACUUCUCUGCGUUUCUGCCGUGGCCUUGACCUCGACCGAAGCUUCUCCUACCAGUGGGACGGUGCGGCAAAUACGCAGUCGAAUCCCUGUAGUGAGUCCUUCUCGGGCUCCGCGCCCCUUGAAGCUGUCGAGGCCAACAGCCUUGCUGGCUGGAUACGCAACGAGACUGAGCACAACAACGUUGAUUUCGUGGGUCUGCUUGACUUGCACUCAUACUCACAGCAGAUCUUGUACCCUUACUCGUACACCUGCAACGAUAGCCCUCCCAACUUGGAAAAUCUGCAGGAGGUUGCUGCCGGUUUGUCGAAAGUCAUGCGCCUCUCGGGUGGACGCUACUACCAGUCUGCUCCUGCGUGUGAGGGCAACAUUGGUGUUGCCGCCUCUGGCGAUCGUCAAGUGUUUCCUCGCUUUGAGACGGGCGGUGGCAGUUUCCUCGACUGGUUCUUCCACGACAUGAAGGUCAAGUACACCUACCAGCUCAAGCUCCGCGAUCGCGGUACUUAUGGCUUCCUGCUGCCUAAGGAUCACAUUGUUCCCACAGGCAAGGAAGUCUUGGAUGCUGUGAUUUACUUUGGAAAGUUCCUUGGUGGUCAACUCAACUUUGCUGCUGCUGAGGAAGAGCAGAGUAAUCACGAGCAGCAUACUCAACAGGACAAGCUCGGGGUAGAUGUAAAUCACAAAGUCGAUGAUGAUGAUGAUGAUGACGAAAGCGUAAUGUGGGAGCUGAGGCGGCGAAGACGAGUCUGA